AUGUUUCGGUGCAUACCUAUUUUUAAAGGCUGUAACAGACAAAUCGAAACGGUAGAUAAGAGACACAGUUCUCUAAUAAACGUUCCCGAAGAUAUUUUAAGACAUUCGAGGACUCUAGAGGAGCUCUUAUUGGACGCCAAUAGAAUACAAGUUCUUCCAAAGAACCUUUUCCGGCUGCACAGAUUGAGGAAACUCGGUUUAAGCGACAACGAAAUCAACCAUUUGCCAUCUGAUAUACAAAAUUUCGAGCAUCUAGUCGAACUUGACGUCUCCAGAAAUGACAUUCCGGACAUCCCCGAAACGAUCGGGCAGCUCCGGUUGUUGCGCGUGGCCGACUUCAGCUCGAAUCCGAUACCGCGUCUUCCGCCGACGUUCGGCCAGCUCAAGUCGCUCACCGUGCUCGGCCUCAACGACAUGUCGCUCACGUCGCUGCCGCACGACUUCGGCCGCUUGGUGUCGCUCACGUCGCUCGAGUUGCGCGAGAACCUGCUCAAGGAGCUGCCCGCCUCGCUGUCGAUGCUGACCAACUUGGAGCGGCUCGAUUUGGGCGACAACGAGAUCGAGGAAUUGCCGCCGCACAUCGGCAAAUUGCCGGCGCUGCAGGAGCUUUGGUUGGACCACAACCAGUUGCAGAACCUGCCGGCCGAGAUCGGCCAGCUGAGCAACCUGACCUGCUUGGAUUUGUCCGAGAACCGGCUGGAGAAUCUGCCCGAAGAGGUGGCCGGGCUGGAGAGCUUGACCGAUCUGCACCUGUCGCAGAACGUGUUGGAAACGCUGCCGGACGGCAUCGGGAAAUUGGAGAAGCUCACCAUUCUCAAAGUCGACCAGAACCGGCUGACGUCGCUCAACAACAACGUGGGCCACUGUCGCAAUUUGCAGGAGCUCAUCCUCACCGAGAACUUCCUCAGCGAGCUGCCGUCGGAGAUCGGCAAACUCGUGAGGCUGACGAACCUGAACGUCGACAGGAACAGUCUGACGUCGAUUCCGGAGGAUUUGGGCAACCUGCGCGAAUUGGGCGUGCUCAGUUUGAGGGACAACCGGCUGGCGAUGUUGCCGGAUCGUUUGGGCGACUGCGUCAGGUUGCACGUGCUCGACGUGUCGGGCAACCGGCUGCCCUAUCUGCCCUACACGCUGUUGCAGUUGAGCCUCAAAGCCGUGUGGUUGAGCGACAACCAGGCGCAACCGUUGCUCACGUUUCAAACGGACACCGAUCCCGAGACGGGCAAGACCGUUUUGACGUGUUUCCUGCUGCCCCAGCAGGAGUACCAACCGGCUAUCGCAUCGGACGGUCGCUUUUACGCUUGCGACGUUAAGCCCGGCUUACGUUCUAACGGUAGUUCUACGUUGUCUCCGACAGAUGGCGCGGCGACGGAGGAGGACGAAGAGGACGAUGAGGAUUGGAGGGAGCGCGAGGCGAACAGGACGCACUCGGUGAAGUUCACCGACGCCCAAGAGAAGGAUAACAGAGAGACCCCGUUCGUCAGGCACAACACGCCCCAUCCCAGGGAACUGAAGGCCAAGGCGCACAAAUUGUUCGCCAAAGGCCAGAACUCCUUGGAGGAGAGCUCCGAACGCCAAGCGGACGACCAAGCGCCCGCCGAUGCCGUUAACCGAUCGGUCAAACAGCCCGGCAGGACUCCGCAGAUCAUCGAGCCUGUGGACGGAAAUUUCGGCAACAAUGGCCAAAUGGAGGAAACCAGCGAACCCAGCCAAGACGAUGACACGGAUGACGACCACGUGACGUUGCGUCGCGUCGGAUUCGUCGGCGGCGUCGCGGCGACGGAGGACGGCGCCGGCGACUCGACGAAGCCGAGCCGGUUGCACCGUCGCGACACCCCGCACCAUCUCAAGAACAAACGAAUCACGGCGACGGCCGUCGACGAGGAUAAGGUGGCUUCGAUCAUUGCUCAGGCGCUCAAGAGGAAAGAGGACGAAAGUGACAUGACGAGCGUUUCGACCCCGCCGGGCUCCGUCGGCGACAGGAGCUGCUCCUCCAGCCAAGCGGGCGAUUCGGACGCGGCGGUGGAGCUGCGCGAAGAGAAAUACGAAAUCCACAUAGAGCGCUCGAAGACGGGACUGGGCCUAUCGAUAGCCGGCGGUCGCGGUUCGACGCCCUUCAAGGGCGACGACGAGGGCAUCUUCAUAUCGCGCGUCACCGAAGGCGGGCCGGCCGACAGCGCCGGCCUGCGCGUCGGCGACAAAGUCAUCACCGUCAACGGCGUGCGCGUCGAAGACGUCAGCCACUACGACGCCGUCGAGGUGCUCAAAGCCUCCGGGCCGGUGCUCGUGUUGCAAAUAACGCGAGAAGUCACACGGCUGAAGAAAUCGCUCGAACGUAGCCCGGCGCCCUCGUUAAACACGAAAAGCGACGUCGUCGCGACGCUAGACGUCGACGACGGCGACGUCAGGCUGAGGAAGAUCAACGUGCACACGACGCUGAUCAGAGACUCGCGCGGUUUGGGAUUCAGCAUAGCCGGCGGCAAGGGCUCGCAACCGUUCAAGGCCGAUUCGGACGCCGUGUUCGUGUCGCGCAUCACCGACGGCGGCGUCGCCGACAAGGACGGCAAGCUGCUCGUCGGCGAUAAGGUCGUUUCGAUCAACGGCGUCGAUUUGACGGGCGCGCCGCACGAUUUGGCCGUCGGCAUGCUCACCGGCGUCGAGCGAUUCGUUCGGCUCGUCGUCGAACGCGAGGUGCCGGUGGAGAGUAACGGCGACGCGACGCCCAGUCCCGGCGCCCAACGGAGCCCGAGGUUGUUCGGUUUGCCGAAACCGUACGGCGGAUUGUACGCCGCCAACAGCUACAUGGCCAACCGGCCCGGUUACGGAGGGUACCGCCGGAGCGCCGAUCUCGACAAGAAGAUACCGGAAGCGGCCGAAUCGAACGGUUUAGCAACAGCGAAAGAGGCCCCGACGCCGGCGCCGCGUCGCGUCAUCAAUUCGACGUCGAGCGAUACGUCGCAAUCGAAGGCGGAGACGGCGGACGAGGAGCGCGACAAGGCGGAGACGAAGUCGUCGCAAUCGUCGCUCGACGACGACGAGGAGGACGUCCAGCAGGUAUUUUCGAGGCCGAUCACCAGCGAAGAGUUCCAAGCGAUGAUCCCGCCCCAUUUCCUAAAAAAACCCGAUUCCCAAAACCAACAGUCCUGCGCGCCGCCGUCGUCGACGACGGCCGGUCCGUCUAGCGGUGAUAACGCGUCGAAUUCGGUGACGACGGUGACUAUAAGGCGGCCCGACGCGUCGCCCGUCGAGCUGCCGCCGCCGCCGACCGGGCCCGGCAGGGUGACGGAGACCAUCACGAAGAGCACCUUCACGGAGACGGUGGUCACUAGGAUUACGGACAAUAAAUUGGUAGAACCGUUGAUUAUCGAGGACGUCACAUUGAGCAAAUUGGCAGGCUCCUUAGGUUUCAGUAUUAUCGGCGGAACGGACCAUUCCAGCAUCCCGUUCGGGUCCAAAGAGCCGGGCAUUUUCAUUUCGCACCUGGUGCCCGGCGGCACGGCGGCGAAAAGCGGCAAGCUGCGGGUGGGCGACAGGAUACUGAAAGUGAACGGUACCGACGUGACGCAGGCCACGCACCAGGAGGCCGUCAUGGAGCUGCUGAGGCCCGGCGAUUACAUAACGCUGGCGAUCCGGCACGAUCCCCUGCCCGAAGGAUUUCAGGAAUUGCUGAUCGAGAAGGCGGACAACGAGAAGCUCGGCAUGCACAUCAAGGGCGGCCUGCAGGGCCAGCGCGGCAACCCGUUCGACGCCUCCGACGAGGGGGUGUUCGUCUCGAAGAUCAACUCGUCGGGCGCCGCGCGUCGCGACGGCCGCCUCAAGGCCGGCAUGCGAUUGCUCGAGGUCAACGGGAAAUCUCUGCUCGGCGCCACUCACCAGGAAGCCGUGAACGCGCUGAGAUCCUGCGGCAACGCCAUCCACCUCAUCGUCUGCAAGGGUUACGAUAAAAACGACGUCGAUCGAGCGGUGCAAGACGGCCGAUUGAAUAGAAUGAGCUCGGUGAGCAGCCGGUCGCAGAGCGUCAGUUCUUUGGACGUUCCCGAAGAGGAUAAUCGACAGGAAAGGAGAGCGAAAACGGAGUCGCUGCGGUCCGAUAAAGACGAGGAAAUAGUAGAUAGACGUUUGAGACCUUUGAGUCAAGAGGAUUAUUCUCUUGUUGAAGCGAAACCUCCGUCACCGGCCGAUAAGGUCUUGGAUGUGGUGAGAGCGGUAGAAACAUUAGCCCAAGGUCCUACUGAGAACUCCGUACCGCCGAAAUCUCCGACGUCCGAGCUCAAAACGACCACGAUAGUGAUGAGCAAGCAUACUUUAGCGCCCACGCCGACUACGGACGAACUAUUGCAUGCGUCGUCUACCCUACCGAAAUCUGCCAAACCUAACACGGCUGCGGAUACAGGAAGCUUACAAACGAACCACGUUACGAAACCGCCUACUAACAUCGACAAUGACACACUUUACAACGAAUUCGUACCGCCCCCGUUGACUUACUCCCAGUACCCCGAUACAGAAUCGGACCUACCCACUUACAGACACAACGGACACGUUCAAAUCAACUUCUACAACAACGCACCGCCGGCGCAAUUCGAUUACAACAGCAACUACACCAGCAACACGCCUCUCUUGAGCGAUUCCGAUAUAAUCAAAGUACCGCCCCCGCCUCCGCUCGACCUGAGCGAUAUUCCACCCACCCCCAUUCUGGAUUACCCAUCGUCACCCACUCGUUUAACUCGCUUCGAUUCGCCGCCUUUACCGGCGUCUCCAGCACCUCACUCGCCUAUUUUGGUAUCACCCGCUUCGAUUUCAUCCGAGUCCCCGCCGCCUCCGCUUCCCGAAACGCCACCGCCGCCUCUACCCAGCCACCCGCCGCCUCCGCUCGACGACGAGGUGCUGGUCGAGCAAAGGCUGCUGGAAUCCUCGGUGCAGGUCUCCACUGUGACAUCCUUGGAUAGGAACCUGCGUGGAACUGUAGAGGCUAGCGCGGAGGAGGUGGCGCCGCCGAUCGGCGCUUUGAGGAAGCUCGUCACGAGCCUUACAGAUGACGUUGCAUCUGCUGCAAUCGCGGGGGAGGUAUCGGUAACGGCUUCCACCGAAAAGAGUAAGGCGAACGGUUCCCUGAAGCCUAAGAAGGUUUUGAUAACCAGCCUGACGGAUAUCGAUACGCUGGUGCUCGAUAAGCAGGAUAAAUACGCCGAAAUUCGGCCUUAUAGACCGCCUAGUACGCCUACGACGCCUACGAGGCGCGUCGUGCGACCGCUGGUGCCGCCUCCGGCGCCGCCGUCCGGCGGUCUCUCGCCGGCCGGGGGCGCUGUGAAGAAGGUGCCGCCUCCGGUGCCGGCGAAGACGAAGCUGGCGCGUAGCCACGACGAUUUGUUACGACUUGACGACGAUAACGGUAAAAAAGUUCGUUUUAACGUGACUAGUAGACCUGUAUCUUUGGUAUGUAGUGAGAGAACUGAUGCGGCAUUUCCUGGUGCUCUGGCGAAGCCUCCGCAGUCGCCACGAAACGAUCCCGCGCCCAAACAGUCGGUGAGCGAUAGAAAGAAGUUUUUCGAAACCGCCAUGGAGGAGAGCCAGAAACCGUCCAAACCAGAAAAAGUGUUCAGCUACUUGAGCGCCGACGAAUUGGAGAAACUCAAAGCGGAAGAGGAGAAGAAAAUCGCCACAUUGUCCGAUGUGAAUUCGUUGGAGCAUUCCGACGGCGAAUCGAUCGAAUCGCAACGUUCUAGGCCGUCAUCAGCCAUUGGUAUCGUGCGCACGGCGAAAGCGGAGCGCAGGCUGCGCGAGCGCAUGCGCGAAGAGGGGCUGCUGACCGACGAGGACGAGGCCCCGCUGUCGCCGGCGGAGGAGCGCGCGUUGCGCGCCGAGAAACGGGCCGCCUGGCGGGCGGCGAGAUUGAAAUCGCUCGAGCAGGACGCCAUGCAGGCGCAGAUGGUGAUCAAGAGCAUGGCCGACGUGAUGGACGUCGGCGCGCUGAGCGUCGUGGCGCCAUCGCCGACGCCUUCCGUGCCGUCGCCCGAGCCGAAAGGCAACGGCUUGUCGCACAACGAUGAGGUGGAACAAAUCCAGGAAAAGAUCAUAUCGUUGGAGCUGACGAGGAAGCCCGAAGACCUGAAGCUGGACGUUUCGGCGAAGAGAGACGAUGAAGAGGACGGAUCGGAAUCGGUUUCCGAACCGCCUACGCCCACCACCGAGCAGGCGAAGGGUCUGGAUGGCGCCGAUGGCGGCGCGAACAAGCGAAGAAGAAGGAAGCGGUCGAAGAAAGGGAAGCAUUAG